UUGGAUCGCUGUGAUCAUUAUUUCCGGCUGGAAUAUGGGCUCAAUCUUCAUUUUGAUGAUUACAAGAUAUCGCACAGAUUCGACUUCAAUUGGGGUCACGACUACAUAUAUCCAUUGGUCGAAUACAUUUCCAGGCAUCAGCAUUUGUCUCGUCAAGAAUAAACCAACAGAGGCGUUUACACAGGCAAUAAGGCAACGAGCACCCCCCGAUAAAAAAGUUGAAAAUAUUUACGUGAAAAACAUAUAUGAGUACCUCUUCUUGAUACCAGAAAAUAGCAACAUUAAAGAAGCUUAUUGCAAGGAUUGGAAUUCUACUUGCGGAGUUAACAUUGUGGAAUUGAGAAAGGAGUUUCUUGCACAAUCGUGCAAGACCAUAAUUAAAGAACUUUAUUUCGGCAAUAAGUUGAUUGAAGAUUGCGAAUCAAUAUUCAAUUUUCAUGAGCUCGAAGUUGGAAACUGUUUUCUCGCCAACAAUUUAAUGGACUAUAAAACCAUCGAAAAAUUACCAUUAAAAUAUACAUCGUCUGAUAAAGUACGCAAUGUAACAAUAGUUUUACAUAAUGAUCUGCUAUACAAAUAUCAAUUAUAUAUUCACAGUCCUGAGGAUUUACCAUAUUUUAAUGCAGAAGUCUUUUCGGUAACAACCCGGCCUACAGUCUACAGUUUUAAUAUUGAAGAGCUGCACAACAAUGUCGAAGUUAUUGAUGAAAAGGUCAAUCAACGCAUGUGCAAAUUUCCACAGGAAACUCCACAUUCAAGAUUCGUUUAUAGCUUUUCAACCUGCAUGUCUCGAAUUAGAAUGCAAAUGGAGAUCGAUGCUUGCAAUUGCUCUGUUUUUAAUGCCCAAGACGGUGUCAAUUACUGCGAUAUCAAAGGAGUUAAAUGUUUGCAGGAUGCUAACAUAUCGAAUAAAGUAAAGGAUUACGUGACCAUUAAUUUGGUUUGCUUACCUUCAUGCAUGGAACAACAGAUAAGUUUUGUCGGAACAAUAGAGAAGGGUACUGAACAAAGGGAUUUCCAUGUUGAAAUUGACAUUGCCAGUCCAGCUUCAGCCAGAUUCUACCGCAUUGUUACGCAAUCCAGAUUGGAUCUUAUUGUUGCUGUUGGGGGUGUUAUUGGACUCUUCAUUGGCGCAUCUCUGCUCAAUAUCUUGGAAGUCAUUUCUAUGAUUCUGCAAAAAACUAAGCUAUUGAUUUGGCACUAAAUGAAAAUGAUAUUACAUAAUUAUUGUUAAACUCUAAUAUUUUAUCACUUGACAAUAUUUAAUAUUUGAUCAACAACUAAUCUUAUGUGGUUCAUUAAAAAUGUUCUUCGUUAAAAUUGUUAUAUGUUGCAAUAUUAAUUCAUCGACCAAUGCCUGUAUAACAUCUACAGAUAUAGCAUAUAGAUUUUCCCAACGUAAGUCCACAUUACAUAACUCGUAUCUGAUGAACUUAUCAAUAGGAUCGUCAUUACCUUGAUCAAAUUUCAUGCGAUUGGAAGGAAAGUUCUGCAUUUCGUUAAUAAUAUCGGUUUGUGUGCACCGCAACCACAGUAAUGAAACGAUCGAGUUCGAAGAAGCAUCUUGUCUACUUAGUCCCUUUUUACACUCUUCAAAUAAUUCCAAUGCUAGAUCCUCUUUUAGACGAUCCAACAACAAACGCUCCUCAUCUUGAAGGAUCUCUAUUUU